UGUUUAUUAACGCCAUAUUUUUAGACUCAAGACUAUCACAAAGACUGAUUGGGUUGUUUUUAUUCAAUUACAUUUCCAUUACAUUCUGUCACAUUGAACUAAUAACUCGCUGUUGUAAAUUUGAUUAUAGUAAAUCCAAAUUAUGGCUCAGAGUCCAUCGGGGAGUGCCGUGAAAGCUCUCCAACUUGAAUUGAAGAAGAUUCAAGCAGAACCUGUGGAGGGUUUUCGUGUCAAGCUAGCAAACGAUGACAACAUAUUUGAAUGGGAAGUUGCUAUAUUCGGGCCACCAGGAACCUUAUAUGAGGGUGGAUAUUUUAAGGCACACAUGAAGUUUCCUCCAGAUUACCCCUAUUCACCACCCAGUGUACGGUUUAUUUCUAAAAUGUGGCAUCCUAAUGUGUAUGAAAAUGGUGAAGUUUGUAUCUCAAUUCUCCACCCACCUGUUGAUGACCCCCAGAGUGGUGAGCUGCCAUCAGAGCGCUGGAACCCUACACAAACAGUCAGAACAAUUUUACUCAGUGUUAUCUCCCUGCUGAAUGAACCUAACACAUUUUCACCUGCCAAUGUUGAUGCUUCAGUCAUGUUUAGAAAAUGGAAAGAAUCUAAAGAAAAAGAGAAAGAGUAUGAAAAUAUUAUAAGAAAACAAGUCCAAGCUACAAAAGAAGACGCAGCUAGAGAUCAAGUUCGGGUACCCACAACAUUGCAAGAGUAUUGUGUCUCAUCCAUGCCAUCUCAUGAUAACCAAGUGGAUGCUGACUUUUAUGACGAUGAUUAUGUAGAUGAUCUGGAUGAUGAUGAACAGGAGAUGUACCAUGAGGAGGAUGAGGAGGAUUCAGGCAAUGAAGAGUCUUGAUGGCAUCAUUAGUUUUCUUGUCUACUUCCUCUCAGUCCUGUGUGUGUACCAUAGGCGAGUGGACGGUGGGGGUCUAGAUGAUAAGUAUGAGAUGUGUUAGUGGAUGCUAGGCUUGAUACAAUACCUUUAAGAUCAUUCAAGUUUUAAAAAAAAGUACAGAAGUUUUUCUUUAUUAAAUAAAGGAUAAAAAAAACUAGAUGUUAAAGGUAAUAUACUUAAAACAACUGUUGCUUCUGUUAUUAUAACAGGCACUUGUAUCAGGAGUAUUUCACAAACCCCCCCUUCUCUUCUCUACCCCCACAGUCCUCGCCCUCUUUGCAUUACCAUUGUGAUCACAUUUGAUUAGCAUCUACCCCUUUUUUUUUCUUAGGGACAAGAUGAGACAAAAUUUCUGAUAGAACUCAACCUUGCUAAUGUCAUCAUAUUCAAAUAAAUAAUUUUUCUAUCUCUUUAGAAGCAGUCACCUGUGGUUUAGUUUUUGUUUUUGUGUUGCAUUUUUUCCUUUUGAAUACUUGCAACUUGUAGUUUAACAUUAGCCUUUUUUUUUAUUCAGUCAGAUUCUCAACCCCUUUUUAAAUUAAAAGAUAUGCAAGGCUUUCCACACAAUACCUACAGAAAGAAGUAUAAAAUUCCUGGGUUCUGGGAUAACUACCAUUCCUUGUCUGGUUUGUUUGACAGCCAGUUUCUUGUAUGGUUUAAAGAUUGUAGAAAAAUUUUCUACUUGUAAGUAAAAAAACAUUGAACUGGUAAUUGCAAGUCAUUAUUGUGUUUAUUAUUAAAAAUGUUUGUUCAAGUAGAAUGAUCAGACCAGAUGAGUUUUUGUGCAGAGGAGUUUAUUAAAUAGGAACUAAAAUACCUUGCAUGCUUUUUACAUUUAACUCUUUCCAGUUGAAAGUAAAAAAAAAUCUUUGCAUUACAUUGUGCAACUGCUGGAGGGGCUUUAACAACACAUUUGGUUUUUACAGUAGGAGUAAAAUCAGAACAGACUUGUUUGGGGGGAAAUCUCUUGUGGUCCGACAUUUUUGGAAAGAGUUAAUAAAACAUGUACAUGUAUUAUAUAUUUAAAUAGGUUUUUUUUGGUUAUUUGGUGUUUCUAUUUUUUUAAAUUAUUAAACUCUUUUGCCAAUGUGUCUUAAUAAUUAUUUUAAGGAACUUGAAACAACUUUUUGGUAACUAAGGUUUUUAGUAAAUAUUUUUUUUAAACAAAACCUCGAGCAUUUGAUUAUUUUUUUUAACAUAGUAUAGUUUAGCUUUUGUUUCACAGGUACCAGAGAAGUUUUGGUGAUAACAAUUCUAAAUAAAUGGUCAAGCCAUACAUUGUAUAGUAUCCUCUACUUGAUGUUUUCUUUCUAUUUUUUAAAUUGCAUUUUUUCAACUUGAAGCUUUGUCAGUGAUAGCCCACACAGCAGGUGGACUAAAUGUAAUUGUAUGGGAGUUAAAAGGGAAAAAGUAAGUAGCUUUGUUUCUCUUACUUGUCCAUAGCUAUACAAUGGUAUAUUUGAACUAGCCGAACUCUUCCACUCUUGUCAUCUUGAUUGCAUCGAUUUUAUCUAGGGUAGUUGUAUGAUGAGGCACAGAAUUACAGGGAAUUUCCUGUUAAAAAAAAUACAGGAAAUUCCCUGUGUGCAGAGGUCUUACCAUGAUCCAUAAUCAGAGACUUGUAUAGAUAAGCAUCUGUUGAUAGGAUAAAGUGAUGUAAUGGGAAUGCUAGUUGAAAUAUACUGAAGAAGUGUACAUUGAUGAUAAUCUAACAAGAUGAGAGCACACAACUUGUGUUCCUCACCUUCUCUUGUGGAUUAUCUUUUUAAGUGUGUAUAAAUAGUUAACUUUUUUUGGUACCAUGCAGAUGUACAAAUAUACUAUUUUGACAAAAAUGAGUAUGUUGUCUUACUUUUUUUCUUGUUGUGUUACUAGUUCUUGUUGUCCAUUUUGAGCAUGGCAGAGGUUUUCUAUGACAUGCUCAUUUUGUUUUGUUAAUGCUCAUUAAACUUAGAUGUUCCAGCAUUUUAUAUGCAUUUUUUGUACUUUUCAUUUGGAAGUUGUUUUUGUUUGUUGACUCAAUUAUAACAAAUAAAAAAAAAGAUUUUUUUUCUUUAGCCAAAUAUGUAAGUACCAGGAAAGGUGCUUGGUUUGGCUUGAAAUUUUUUGACAAACUCCUUGGCCAGAUCAAAUGCUACAUCACUGGUCUAAAUGAAAAGGCCUCUUAAAAUGCUUAAAUAUUGACAUUUGGGAGUAAAUUAGAGUAAAUUACACUUAUUUCAUGUGCAUAAUUUACAAAAUAUGAUUAAAUUUUGUAUCAUAUUUAAAAUAAACUAAUACAAUAUAAUUCACAUACAAGCCAACUUAUAUGAUAUGCAUUACAUCAAUUCCAAUUUUUGUGGCUUGUGUGGAAAGAUAAA